AUGAGGCAGGAUGCCCAGGCGGAAAAGGAUGUACGUGCCACGCGAUUGAAAUUCAAGCGACGGCCUAAACGCAGGCACACAGAGCUGGAGGACUCUCCAGAUUCACCGCCACGUCCACCAGAGUCGCCUCCUGCUCCCAAAAAACAAGGGGACCCUGACACUCGACCGCAUUACGAGUUUGGGCCAUCGAUAAACGGAUACCGUUUUGUCACGCCGGACCCAGAUCAGAAGCCAUUUCCGAAUGUGAAUUAUUACCGCCAUAUUAACGGGUACGCUGCGGAGCUGCCUGAGCUGCCCCAGAAAGAGGAUCCAUACAGGGUUCGUAGAAAUGAUUACGAAGAGUACGUCAAACGAUGGCAAACCGUUGAUCUGGAGCACGAACUGCCGCCUAUGCCUGUUUGCGGCGGAGAAGUGAGCCCUCAGAGCGUGAGCGAAUUCAUCCCACGGAAUCAGCUUCGAUUGGAAAGGAUCCGAUGGCACCCUGAUAAAAUCCUACGCCGUGUCAGCGAGAGCAGACGACCUGUCCUUGCCGAGAUGGUGACCAGAACAUUCCAAGUGAUCAACGAACUAUACGAGAACGCAUCCAAAUAA